AUGGUAGAGAACGGUGGGGCGGGCGUCGCGCAGGCUGAGCAGCAGCUGCAAGACCUGAGUGUGGGGAAUGGAGCGAUCGUGGCAGUUGGUGAGGCAAGGACAGUACUGCCCACGCCUAAUCUCAGCGCAGUCAAGUCAGUGGACACGCAGACACGGGCGAUCGGUCUCAUCCAUCCUCCCCCAGACAUCCGAGCGAUUGUGGACAAGACAGCAGACUUUGUUGGCAGAAAUGGUCUUACCUUUGAGAAGAAGAUCCUUGCCAAUGAGGCCAAUAACGUCAAGUUCAACUUCCUGCGGUCCACCGAUCCCUACCAUGCUUACUACCGCUUCAGGGCAGGCAACCUGCACUUCAACUUCCUGAAGCCCACCCACUCCCUCUUCGGCUACUUCAGCGCCCUCUGCGAAGCCUACCAGAAGGUCCUGCUGCCCCCCAAAGGCGUCAUGGAUAAGCUGCGGCGCAACUGCACUGACAGGACGGCGCUGUUGGAGCGGUGCUUGAGGAGGCUGGAGUACGAGAAGGUGAAGGAGGCUCAGGACAAGGCAGCCGCUGAGCAGAUUGAGGCUGAGAGGGCAGCCAUGCAGGCCGUUGACUGGCAUGACUUUGUGGUGGUGGAGACGAUUGACUUCUACGCUGACGAGGACGCUGAGCUGCCGCCGCCGAUGAGUCAGCGCGACCGCGCGAUUAUGAUGGCCAAGAUCCGCGAGACCACCAAGGCGAGCGACGAGGAGAUUGGCCGCAACCUCAUGGGCCUCGCCAAAGCGCGCCCCGACGUCUUUGGGUCGACGCAGGAGGAGGUGUCGUCGAUUGUGGAGGCGUCGAUCAAGGACAGCAAGAUCAGCGGCGGUGAUCGGCCGGUUGCUUGGGACGGCGCCACCAUGGGCGGCCAGGACCUGCAGAACCAGCUGGAGGAGGAGUUCUUGGAUGCUCACCCCGGCCAAUCCAAGGUUCGCGUGCUGUGCCCCGACGCGGCGGACAACGAGGCGCUAAACGGGCAGAUCUUGGAGGUGGAGGUCUCCUCGCUCACAGACAGCGUGGGCGACAUCAAGGCCCGCCUGGCCGACGUGCUCAAGCUGGCCGCCAACAAGCAGCGCAUCAGCCGCGACGGCGUGGGCGUCCUGCGCGACGAAAACACCCUCGCCUUCUACAACGUCGGCCCCGAGACCAUGCUCUCGCUCGCCGUGCGCGAGCGUGGCGGCCGCAAGAAGUGA